CGAGGUUUCCCGGAAGCCUGUCAAGGAGCGCGCGAGCCGGCUCACAAUACAAUAGCGCUGUCGGUCGCGUGCUUCUCUGUAACUUAUUUUUGUGUACGGGAAUUCAAAUCAAACUCUCUCUCUCUCUCUCUUCAGCUCAAAAUUGUCGUUUUGUGAGUUUAUGUCAUGUCUUUACUCUGUUAUAACAAAGGAUGUGGGCAGCGUUUUGACCCGGACAACAAUCCGGAAGACGCGUGCACUUACCAUCCUGGAGUUCCGGUUUUCCAUGAUGCCCUGAAAGGUUGGUCAUGUUGCAAGAGACGCACUACGGACUUCUCGGAUUUCCUCAGCAUCGCUGGCUGCACUAAAGGUCACCAUAACAAGGAGAAACCCCCCGAGCCGGUGAAGCCCGAGGUGAAGAGUUCAGGAGAGAAGAAGGAGCUGGAGGAUCUGAAACCGCGCUUUAAUGAAUACGUCAUACAGGCUCCUAAACCCGUGGAGUUCAUCCAGAGACCCAGUGCUGAUGAGCCACUGGUGGAACUGCAGCAGAAAGUGUCUCCGUCUCUGAGACAGGCACUCCAGAACCUCAAACUAGCAGAAUCCAGUCAGAUUUCAGAGAAAGAGGAUGAGGGGAAUGAGGUGAAAAUUGGAACAGCGUGUAAAAACAGGGGUUGCUCUAAGACUUUCUCUUUACCAGCAACUGACCAGGACAAGUGUGUGUUUCAUCCAGGAUUUCCCAUCUUCCAUGAGGGGAUGAAAUACUGGAGCUGCUGUCGGAGGAAAACGUCGGACUUCAACACAUUUCUUUCUCAGGAGGGAUGCAGCACAGGAGAUCACGUGUGGAGGAACGACAGUGGGAAGAAGGUGGUACCGUGUCGCUUUGAUUGGCAUCAGACUGCUAGUCAUGUGACCAUCUCCAUCUAUGCAAAACACUCCAACCCAGAGCUGUGUUCAGUACAGGCCAACAGCACCAAGGUGUGUAUCAGAGUGAUCUUUGAGGGAGAGAAGGAGUUUGAACAGAAUAUCAGUCUCUGGGGGGUCAUUGAUGUCAGCAGGAGUGCCACGAACAUGAUGGCUGCCAAAAUCGAGAUAGUCAUGAAGAAGGCGGAGCCGAUGUCGUGGGCGCGGCUCGAACUGCCACCGCCCACUCCUGUAUCGACCAAUGAGAAGAAAGCAAAGGAGUGUGUGUAGAAGAAAAAAAAGGACUGACAGUGUACCGACUGUUAAGAGAGCUAGCUCAGAACAACACACGCUGUAUUUCUGUACUGUACACACACGUGCACACACUCAUUUCUCGUUUGUGUUCGAUUUAAUCACCACGCAUCAGUUUUCACACUAGACUUUGGCUCCGUCUCAUUUGCCCUUCGCAGACUACCGUUGUUCCUUAAAAGAUGCUAGAGGGGUACAGGAAUGUGAAAACUGUGUGUCAACUGUGUCCCAAAUUAUUGUUGUAUGUUUUGCUAAUUGGGCAAGAUAGCUUUUGAACAUUCAUAGUCCCAUUCACAGAAGCAUGAUGGGUAAUAUAUUCCAGUAAUAUGUUAAUGAGUAGUGAGCUGAUUGGAUAGUCAACAUUAAGACGUUUGAGGCAUUCCUGAACCUUUUACAGAUAGUAAGAAUGUCUAAUAAUAAAAAUAAAAUAAACAAAGGUCUGAUUGUGGGCCUUGCUGCAUUUC